CUCAAUUUGCUGUAUCAUGUGGUAACUUUUUGCUACAUUUGUACUGCUAUUCGUGCUCUCUCUCUCUCUCUCUCUCUCUCGUUUUUGUUUUGUUUUGUUUUAACUCUUCAACAUUGGCCUCCAAGUCAGCCUGCGACUGGUUUCUCUGUGGGACUCCAUGAGACGGUUAAAUUUGUUGCUCCUCCUGAGGAGGGGUUUGUGGAGCUUCCGCUUACAUCUUCUCUUGAAGAGGCAACAACUGAAUUAGCUUAUGGACCCUUACACAACUGGUGUAGGCUGACAUUUGUAAAUUGUGUUGAGGAGGCAUGAUUUUUCCAGCUUGCAUAGAAAGUAUAGUAAUAUUUGGACAUUGAAAACAGAUUUCUGGCAAGACAGGCCCUCAAUGAACUUGCCUAUGGUAAGUUCCUCUCACAAACCGAGGCCUCACCCUGUAGCGUAUAACGAAAUGGGCGUUUCUCCAAAUUCCAUGAGGUUAUCGACAUCAUGCAGGUUUCAAGAUCACCAAGUAAACUAUUCACAAGUGCGUGUCACUCCUGCCGUGUCUGUAAACCAGCCAAAUGGGUAUAGAUCCAAUUAUGACAACAAUGAUUAUGAGCAUUCUAAUGGAUAUAGAUCACAUUAUGACAGCAACAAUUAUGAUUACAGUCGAAGAGUGUUUGGGGCAGCAUUGGAUAAUAUUAAUCGCUCUAGGUUGGGCCGAUAUGAUACACGUGAUUCUACCAGUUAUUAUGCCUCGUAUUGAUUUAUAAGUUAGGUGGAUACCAACUAUAACUUUUCAGGUAUGAAGCAACGUUGCAGAUGUGAUAAUUCGGGUAGCAAAGUAGAAGGUUGUAUAUGUAUAGCUCAUGUUUAUGGUUUUAGCAUUUGUGUGUAUCUGCAUCUAUGGUGUUUGUGUUUUAGCUUUUGCACUUAUGAAACCUGAAUUUCUUGGAACUUUAUGUUGUUGUAGCAACGAGGUCAUUUCUAUGUUUGUAAUCUGAAAUUAGAGAUCCUAGUAGUGAUAAUCAGUUGUAAUCAUUCAAUGGAUGACUUAUUCUCUUCUGUUUUAUUCUUUUUUA